UGGACUAGCGUCAAUUGCACGUUGUGCACAUCAACAAAUAAUGCAGUGACAGUAGGAAUAAAGAAUAUAGGCCAGAUUUGGUCUUGGUAGAAGAUGGCGCCGUCUGGCUCGCGCAGUAUUAAACGGAGCUGUAAGAGAGUUUUGCACUGGAUCCCGGUUCUAUUCAUCUCCCUAAUUGUGGCAUGGUCUUACUACGCCUAUGUUGUCCAGCUUUGUAUUGCAUCGAUCGAAAAUCUUGGUGAGAAAAUUGUUUACCUCCUGGCAUAUCACUUCUUCUUCAUUAUGUUUGUGUGGGCAUACUGGCAAACCAUCUUUACCAAGCCCAUGCAUCCUCUGAAAGAGUUCCAUCUGUCAUAUUCUGACAAAGAGCUUCUGGAGAGAGUGGACCGAGGAGAGUCUCAACAGGAGAUUUUGAGAAGGAUUGUCAAGGAUUUACCUGUCUACACACGCACAAUGUCAGGAGCUAUUCGUUUUUGCGACCGCUGCAUUCUGGUGAAGCCGGACCGAUGUCACCACUGCUCAGUCUGUGAUAAGUGCAUCUUGAAGAUGGAUCACCACUGCCCAUGGGUGAAUAAUUGCGUCGGCUUCUCCAACUACAAGUUUUUCAUGCUGUUUCUGGCGUACUCUUUACUCUAUUGCCUUUUCAUCACUGCAACAGACCUGCAGUACUUCAUCAAAUUCUGGAUGAGUGGUUUGCCAGACACCCAAGCCAAGUUCCACAUUAUGUUCUUGUUCUUUGCCGCCUCUAUGUUCUCUGUCAGUCUGGCAGCACUGUUUGCUUAUCACUGCUGGCUGGUUUGCAAAAACAGGUCAACUCUUGAGGCUGUCCGAGCACCUGCGUUCCGUCAUGGACCUGACAAAAAUGGCUUCAGUUUGGGCAUCAGCAAGAACUUCCGCCAGGUCUUUGGUGAUGAGAAGAAGUUUUGGCCAGUACCUGUAUUUUCAAGUUUAGGAGAUGGCUGCGCCUUCCCUACUUGCCUCGUUAACCAGGACCCUGAACAGCCUUCUACGCCUCCUAGCCAAAGCCCUCCCAACAAAAGUGGUGGAGACGCCCACCAGUUCCCUGCCAAGCCACUGAGAGAGUCUCAGAGUCGGCUGCUCAACAGUGGUGAGUCGUUUCGCGAGAGCGAUGGACCCGAGGACCGAGAGCGGACUGGUACACCAAAUCCAGCUAUGACAAUAGAAAAUGAAGUGUAGCAGGAAAAUGUGUGGAUUUUCCUCGCAAAAGACGAGGUCCCGGGAAGUGGACAGAACACAAGGUCCUACACAGAGUGCCUACACAGAUGUGAUGUUGGGACAAUGGGACUGUACUGUAACCCAUGAGCUUUGUACAAGUUGCUUCAGUACAACGCACCCCACCAAGGGCUGUUUCUGUCACCAGAGCUUACGGACGACCAUGCUUCUGACUCGAUCAAUUUUGUGUCCUUACAUAAAUCUGACAACCAUCUGUUUUCUGUCAGACAGUGCACUGUUUAUUAACACAAGUGUUCUGAAUGCCUAGGACAGAGAUAUGUUAAUGCAUGUAGUUUUUAAUUCUGCUGUAUGUUCAAGUACAAACUCUCAAAAGGGCCGGAAAGUUGUCUAAAUGGUUUGUGAAUGGAAAAGGACUCGCGUAAAGAUGGAGUGCUUGGUGACCUUGUUCAGUUCUUUGAACCAGGAAUGGUCAUGUGGUUCAGCUAAUGCAAAAAAAAACAGCAGUUGCGAUUACAAAAGCACAGUAGACCGUUGGGUUUGUUGUAAUGGUCAUGCUCUGAAUAUAAUUCAAAUGGCCUCCUAGAGGUCCUAAGGCUGUCACUGCUCUCUGUAGCACCUCCUAGCGGUCAUCACGGUGCAUGGACAUUUGCUAGGGAUGUGUCAGAGGGGCUCUUGACUUUUACAUCCUUACAAUGGGCAGGAAGGACAGGUUAAGACCAUUUUGAAUGUCUUACAAGAUAUUUAUAAGCUUGUGACUUUAUGUACUGGUUGGAAUGGAGUUUUUUUUAACAAUGACAAGUGUGAACAUGUUUAUUUAUUAAUAAGGAAGAACAGGGUUGACAUUAGUUAUUGCAGAAUUCCCCCCAAAUUUUCAAUCUCUUAGUGAUGUUUUACUACCAAAUGUAUGCAUGAAAAGUAUUUUGAAGUAAAUCUGAAUAUUCCUAGGAACUUAAUUGUUCCAGAUUUAACAUACAAAAUGGGACAGUAGUUACCAUAUAACAACAUACUGUACACCAAACACUUUGAUGCUUAAUGGUACAAAGAGGGGUAGCCUAAAUUGGUUUGCGAACUGUCAUGCAAUACCAAAAACAGAGAAACCCGGCUAUAAUCCUGUGAAACAAUUUAAGGCUGUUAGCACAUUCGUAACCAUUCCACAAUGGCACUAUCUGAAAUUAAGCUUUUAGAGCUCUUUAGGAUUCAAUUAUCUGUAUUCAAUUCAACAGAAUGAGUAUCCAGGUUCCUCCACUCCAUUUGGCUUCAAAAUACAAUUGGUGCAAUACUCCAGCAUAUGUUGGCAUAUCACUAAAUUUUAAUAACAAGUUGGUGCCAUAGGCCUACCUUAUGAAGCAUAAGACUAUGUAUCUAAUACUUGUUUUGUAGAUUUCAGUAUUUUUGUAAUCAGGAUGUUUACUCUGCCAAGUAUGGUUAAAAAUGACAUGCUAAUGAAUAAAACAAUUGAAUACAUGUGAAUGACUGAAAGUGUUUAAAGAACUUCGAGAGAGUGAAUAAAAUUAAAUCUUGUUCUUGAUUCACCUGCUACAAUUCCCUAUAAUUUUAACCCUGCUUUAAGGAAUGCAAAUACUGUUUGAAAUGUUUGAGAAUUCCACUGAUUCUAAGUCAAUGUAGUUUUUGGCCAAUUGUAUGGAUUGUUUUCAUAAAUGUGCAUUGUAUGGUAUUUGUUUGAACAAUGUGCUUUGGUUACUAUGAAAGGUCAAGCUUUGUUUCUGUAUAUGUAAGAAAUACAACGUCAGUUACAGAUGUAUUGCUUGGAAAUUCUGUUUUAGUAUGCUAAUAGUGAAUUAUUUGGGUAACUUGCACUGAGUAUCUUAUUCUUGAAUAGACAAAAACCUUUGCAUAUUAUGAUCAAGUAAACAUCUGAAGUUUUGUUUAAGGGCUGGACUCUCAUUUGGUUGAGUGAAUAUGACCUCGAGGCUGACUAGAUUUGAACACUUAAGAUUAUUAUACUGUAAAACACUACUGCGGUCUUCAAUGCCUUUGGUGAUCCAACACCAGUUGGUAAUUUAAAAUAUAUUUAUUUUAUUUCCAUCAUAAUAAUAUUGGCUUUAUACCACUUAGUUUACCAAAAUGUAUCUGUGCUACAUAUAUACAAAUGUAAUUUCUGUUCAUUCUGUUCACGUCGAUGAAAUUGACCUACCUCACAGUAUUUUAUGGCUACAAUAAUGUCGGCUAUCAAAAUUAAUCCCCAACGUUUUUUUGGCAACAGGGUUGGUAAUACUGUGCAUUGACAUCCCUUUUAUGAGGAUCUCCUCAUUCUUAUUUUUUUUCAUCAAGCAAAACCUUAACUAUUGCUGUUAACACCGCCUCAGAAAAAAAACACUUCUUUCUAAACAACCACAUUUUUACAGUACCAGUUUAAUCAAUGCCUAAUAUGUAUGUAAACAAAGCAUUUGUCAGCAGCAUAGUGGUUUCUGCAGAUAUUUUGAGAUAUUGAAAUAUGAGGAACUGCAUAGCACCUGUAUUCAAUCAAUUACUACUGAAUCACCCAAAAGGAUUGCAGAACUCUCAAACAUAUGUGAUUAUUAUUCCUGUCAUCUGUGUAUCCUUAAACUAUAGUAUAUUCGCAUCAUGAGGCUAAAUGUUAUUUGUUAUCCUGGAGAAGUAUAUAUGAUUCCACUUUCCACCUUUUAAGUGUGGUGACCGUGUUUUAAAUGCUAUUUGGACAAUAAAUAUAAAACAUGACAUGUCCGCAUGUUCAAAUGAUGUUGUUUCUAUGUCACAACAUCUUGGAAUAUCUUAAAUAAAAUGUGAUUUACUACUGUUUUACAAUAUAAAGGAUGUGCUAAAACUCUUCCCUUAUGCAAUUUUGAUGUGAUCAAAGACAUAAUAUCUAUUAAUGCUGCUCUAGAUCAUCAAAACUUCACAAUGUUUUUUGCUCUUCAAUAGUUUUGAUUCACAUAAUCCUUAUUACUAUUGCAAGAGCUGCCUUCUGAUUGCAUUUUUCACAACAUUGCUUACUAAUGAAUGAAUUUUCAAAUAUUAUAUAUUGUAUUACCCUUUCUACAUUUUCUUUAGUUUUCAAAAUACAUACUGAAGUAUUUCUGUCAUCUAUUUUCAUUGUGAUUGUGAAAAUUGUUGCCAAUAUUAGGUCUUUCAAAUGUAUGUCUCUACUGCUUAUUUUCUCAAUGAAACACGUUGUCCUUUAUGCAUAAAAGGUGCUAUACAA